UCCACAUUGCAGUUCCACGUGCUUCACACUGUCCACCAUGCCAACCUUACCUGAAGACAAGGGACAAUCAAAAGAGGCACAACACAGCAGUUCCUCUACAGCCAAAGACACUACUGUUGAAGGGACAACAUGCAGUACACCUUCUAUUGUUCUCCCAGAGAAUGCUGUUACGCCAGAUGUAGAAAUUGAUAAAAAUCUGGUUAACAGGCCUCGUAGUCCUCAUAGGAGACAUUCUAACCGUGCCACUAGAAAUUCAACAAGUUCAUUGACUUCUGUUGACACCAGUGGUCAUGUGAUUGAUCUGGUAAAUGAUCAGCUACCAGAUGUCAAAAUAUCAGAGGAAGACAAAAAAAAGAACCUUGAAUUACUAGAAGAAGCAAAGAAAGUAAGCGAGAGAUUUCUAAUGCGCAGAGGCAGAAAGUCAAGAAGCAGCCUUCCAGAGUCACCCACAGCAGUUUCACCAAUACUUAGUCCUAAAGUUUCACCAGUAGCAUCUCGGAGCAACUCUCUCAUUCUUCCAGUUCCAUCAGGGUCUGAUGCAUGCACAACCACUAGUGUUGAGUCAGCAUCUCCAGGGCAGAAUAACAGAAAUGUGAAAGAAGAUGACAGGCAAACUGCAGAGAAUGCUGUAAAAGGAUUAAUUGAUCGAAAGCAGAAUGAUCAAAGGAAGAUUUCUCAGGGAAGAUUGGUUCCUCGUUCUACUGGCUUUGAAAAUUGCAAAGAGAAGCUCUCAGAACAAAAAGAAAACUUUGACCCACGUAAACAUAUGGAUACCGUACCUAAAUGCUCCCCUUCAGGUGGUGAUGGUGGCAGAACGUCUCUUAACACUUGUGUGAAUGUUUGUGAAAAUGAACUUGGAAAAUCAUUCCUCAGGAAAGCAAAAGAAAAUGAUGUUCCUUUAAGAACCCAUCUAUCAGGACCAGGAAUAGGAAAUAUAGACUCAAAGCUUAAAAUUCCUGUUCCAGAAAUGAGGGACCAUAAAGUUUCAUGUAAACCAGAAUUUAAACUGUGUGGAUUGCGUCCUCCUCUACUACGGGCUGUAUCGUGGGAUAGCUCGGAGCCUGGACAGAAAGAGAAAACAUCUUUAAAAUUACCGUCUGAGGAAGACAAAAGCUUUGUCGUUGGUAAUAAAUCCAGUAACCAAUUAAAAGCAUUCAAAGACCUUCAAAUCCAAGUUCAGCCGGUUCGAAUGCAGAAACUGACAAAGCUCAGAGAGGAGCAUAUUUUGAUGAGAAAUCAAAAUUUAGUUGGACUUAAACUUCCUGAACUUAGUGAAGCAGCUGAACAGGAAAAAGGCCCUUCGCCUCUCCCUUCUCCCACUGAAGAGGAGGAGCCCAAGAAUAGCUCUGAUGUCAUGCCCAGCAUUCCUGAUGUAUUGCUACGAAAACUGCGAGUGCACAAAUCACUUCCGGGAAG